UCAUCCGAAGUUUGACGGAAAGGGCCGAGAAGAUGCGAUUGGGAUCAUGAGUAAUCUGCGAAAUGGUAAACAACGAUUUGUACAUUUCUAAAAAUAAUAAAAUAAGCCGUUAUUACAAAUUAGUCACUUAUGACAAUGCAGGUAUAAAGGAAGUAAGUGUUGAAUUGAAAAAGCUAUUCAUAUGUGUAUAAGACAAAACACAUUUUAGGAUGAGUGAAAAUAAUUCUGUGAUAGAUAGUGGAGUGGACACAGAUCUAAUUUACAAGAUGGAGUUAAUAAAUGAUAUAAACAAAGGUUUUCCUGAAAAUACUAACACCAAUGCGGACAAUCCUGAAAAUCCAGAUUUUGAUGAAGACAAUUUAGUUCUUACAGACUUGCCGUCUGAAAUUCUGAUCCAUAUAGCGUCGUACCUUGAAUCCAGGACAAUAGGCCGUUCCCUGUAUAGUGCUUGCAAAAAGUUCUAUGAACUUUUCUCCAGUGACAGGUAUUGGAGAACGAGAAUCUCGAAAAGAUGGACCAAGCAGUAUCCAGUGUUUGAAAGAGAAGAUUUCAACUGGCAUAAAGCAUGUAUGGAGCGUGAGGAAGUUCACAAGCUGUGGUCAAACCCAGACAAACACUUUAACCAUUUUAUAUUAAAGGAAGGAUUUUUUGCAGCUGUGGAUGUUGUUCAUUUAAUGAAGGAAGGGAAAUUUUUAGCAGUUGGUUCAAGAGAUCGUCAUUUUAACAUUGUGGAUCUUACAAAAUAUGAUUGUGCAAAAGAGGGGCAAGAAAAAGAUCUCAUUGUUGCCUCCGAGACAAAAGCUCAUAAGGGUUGGGUGUGGUCAAUGGCAUCAUAUGAUGACACACUUGUCACAGGCUCAUGGGAUACUUUCAUACGUCUGUGGGACUUCAACAAUGGUGCUGUCACAAAAAGUUCGGAAAUAAAAUUGAAAACAGCUAUUCUUGGCCUUUAUUACGAGCCAAACUUUAUUGCUGCCUGUGGCUUUGACAAGCGUUUAUACAUGUUAGACCCACGCUCACCAGAUGAUUGCAUCAAGAAACAUUACCAUUCACAACCGGUUCUGAGUGUGGUAGCAGACGACAAAUACGUUAUUACAGGAAGUGAGGACAAAUCUGUGGCUAUAUAUGACAGGGUGGCAGGCAAAAAAUAUAAGACGUUUAAGACUGAGAGUUUUGUACCGAGUAUGAGUUACCAGAAUAAUCAGUUAUGGAUGGGAGACAAGGCUGGUAAACUAAAUGUGAUGGAUACAACUGAUGGUCUCUUUGACGAGAGUCUGAUAAAGACAUUUGAUAUUGGCAAUGAACGUCGACUUACUGGACUGGUUCCCACUGAUGGAGGUAUAUUCACAUCCUCGGAUUCAAUCAUCAAAAUUGUUGAACCCAGCAGCGACCCAGCAAUAAUCAACUCUCUCAACGUUCAUUCCGGUGAAAUUGCCAGGAUAAGUCACAACAAUGGUGUUCUUGCAAGUGCUGGUUCCGACAUAUCUGUUGGUGUUUGGAUUCCUAAGAGUUGUGCAUACUUAUCAUGAUGCAGGCUUGGUACAAGCAACAAACUUUUAUCUAGAGUUCUACAGAAUAAACUGUUGCACUGUUCUAGAACUGACAGUUAUGAAUUUAGUCAAUUUACUAGUUAACAUACAUGUUGUGAUCUUAUUCAUCAUGUAAAGAAAGACAUAUAGUCACCUUAGUGCAGUAACAAGUUAACUCCUAUUAAAUUGUGUAAGGAGUUAACCUGUUACAGCACUAAAUUGACAAUAUGUAUAGUCUACCAUAGAAAAUCACAUUGUGCUUAAGUGAGAUAUAGUGAUAGCCUUUAUCCAUUGCUGUUUUUCUGGUAGAUAUCACAUUACUUAAGCACCUGGGCAUUUUAUGGUGGGCAUUACAGGAAUGGUCCUGUACACAGUACAGUAAAAGUUAAAAUUGUUCUGGUGUGCGAAAUAAAAUUACAAUGGAUUUCACAUGCAAGGUCUAUCUUUACAACAGCUGCAGGUAUAUCAGUUGUCACAUGUCUUGGAAAUCAUAGCUGAAGUUUACUUUCCAAUACCGAUAACUCUUAUAUGGGAUUGACUGAGUUAUGGCACUUUGUAAACUAAGAAAAUUCCUGCAUGCAAUAUUAAUUUAAAAUGUGUUUAUUUGAAACCUUACCCAUGAUUUUUGGAUCAUAACUGGAGGUCACUUUACAAGACAAAUUUGACCCGCCCCAGUAGUCAUAGGUUUUUGUGUAUUUUCUGUUUUUAGCUCAUUUGUCACAAAGUGACAAGGUGAGCUCUUGUGAUCACAAUUCGUCCUGCAUCCAUCUGUCCUUAAACUUUUACUUUGAACAACAUCUCCACAUAAACCGCAUAAACUUUACAUGUUCCAUUUUUAUUUUUAUUGUCUCCUCGGUGCUGUUUGUUUAGUGUGGAAGACAUAAAAAGUCGCCCUGUGUAUUCAAUUAUGGGUGUUAUAUUUUCGAUCAUAAAUGAUUGUUCAACAUGACAUUAAUGAUGUUUGAAUGUGUGUAGUAGUUUAACUUGUUCUUGUUGAUAAUUUUCUUGUUCCGUUAUUCCUCAUUGAAUAUUGUAUGACACACUAAGGAUAUGUUGCCUGCCUUUUUACUUUGUCUAUUGACGUCUGACUGUGAUAUGCAGGCUUCAUAACCUCUGUUCCUCUAUAAAGUCCCAUUCUAUUUAGUCCCAUUUAGUCUACAUUAUUUUACUUAACUGGGGACCAGAUGCCGCUUUUAUUUGUAAUUGCACGAGCGUGUCACAUUGAACAAGUCAUGAUCAUCACCGCACGAACACAUCUGCAAAUGU